UAGUCUGGAGAAGAAGUACACCUGGAUGGAUACAGUGUUGUUUUUUGCUCGCUUUACAACAGUGCAUUAUCAUUGUAGACAUAAAGGACAGAGAAAUCAGCACUGUGCUAAAAGUUUUCCCUCGGAGUUCAUGAUACUUGUCUUAACCAUCUUGCCCACUAUUGCGAUGAGCGCACCUGUAGCGACACAAGAACCGCAUUGGAUAAACCCGUGUGACCUUCCAGAUCCCUUUGAGGAUUUUAAUAAUCCACCACCAAUACCUCCUCGUGAACUGUUGAAGCAAGUGGUCGAAACUUCGAACAUAGCCAAAAAGCACGCACGUGCUGUGAAAGAUGAAUUUGUCCGCGAGAAGUUUCAGGACGCAAGUUUCGACGUAGACUACAUGAGACAAGAAUGGUUACCCGAAGUUCCUCGCGCUACAUUUAAUCAUUUCAAGUCCAUGAACGCUAGUGAAGCAUAUAAAAAGUCAUACGAAUAUAUGCAGUUCUACGCAGUUGGGAUUGAGGAGAUGAAGUUUGACCAAAUUCUUUACCCAGAAAGUGAUGGCGGGUUCAAAGACGAGUUCCAGAAUCUUCAGAAUCAUGCUCGACCUGUUCUUUGUAGACUUCAUUUAGGAAUCAUUGUCAUGAAGAUCAAACAGAACCCGGAUGUCAUGAGGAAG